AUGCACGACUUGGUAAGAGGCAUACCUCGUGCUGAUACUCAACCGGGACACUAUUUUACAGUCCCAACUGACAAGACCUUCUCUUUAAACAGUUGUAGUGCUAAUGAGGUUCAAAAAUUACUCGAAAAGUUAGAAGUUAAAAAGGCGACUGGCUUGGACAAUCUAAAUCUAGCACCCAAGUUUCUCAAAAUAGCGGCCGAUAUUCUCGCUCCAUCCCUGACAUUUCAGAGAAAGCUUACUGGGUCUCUCCUUUUCCUGAUAUUUAUUAAUGACUCGCCUAAUUGCUUGACCACGGUCAUACCGCGGAUGUACGCUGAUGAAACCAGCUAUUAUCUCUGGCAACAGUAG